UACAUAUGGAAGCACCGUAUUAUGGAUAUGGCUUCUGUGACAACCAUGGCGUUCAUGAUCAAAAUAUUGAAGGUUUCACUUAUCAAUAUGGUGUCUUGAAUGGUGUAGGUCAUUCUCAACCAGUUCAAUGGCCAAUGCAUUGUCAAGGACCAAACGGUCUAAUACAUAGCCAUAGUUCAAGUACAUCAGUCCAUGUGGGUUCAAACCCAUAUUACAUCAAUAGAGGCAUCCAAACCAUUCAAGGUGAUGUGGUUCAGCAUGGUACCUUCAAUGGACGUGGCAUGGGAGCGAGGGUUCGUGGACACUUCUCUGUAUCUGGUGAUAUUAAUUAAUUAACUUAAACCAAUUUAAUACCUACUUAAAUUGAUUGAAAGUCAUACGAGAUGAAGACAUAAAAUAACAUAAAAUGAAUUUAAAAAAAAAAAACAGCUAUGCAAACAUUAAUGUAUUAGUGGAUUGGAUUCUAUAGAGUUGUUAUCGUGAUUGUGAUUUUUUUUUUUGUUUAAUGAAAUAUUCCUUUGACAUACAAGUCUGAAAGCAUUUGGGGAGACUAUUCAUGUUUAGCUUUUGCUUUUGUUUUAUUUUAAUUUUCUUUUUACCAAAGUGAU